AUGCCUCAAUUGAGGCGUGACGACCGCUAUUUCUACCUUGCCAUAGUCUGCAGUAUCAUCGGCAUCGUCGUCUGCUUCUUCGCUAUAUUCGGCAGUGUCUACGCAGUACUCUGGAAGAGCUUCUAUCCCCACGGCCCCCAAAUCACCGUCACUAACGCCUCUCUAACCCGACUCGAUUCCGCUGCCUACGCGGAAAACACUCUCGACUACAACCUUGCACUCAACUUCACCAUCAGAAAUCGCAACAAAGGGGUCCGCAUAGACUACCGUAGCAUCCAAGUCAUUGGUGCUGACAAAAACUACAAGUCUGUUGCAGUGAGUAUGGCUCCGUUUUACCAGGAGGGCAAGAGCACCACCGUUAUGCAUGCACUACUACAACUUCAAGGGAAGCCGAGGGAGAUGGCUGGUGUUUACAGUAUUGACGUAAUGUUUUUUCUUCGGGUAAGGUAUGAUCGCGUCAAGUUAUUCAGAAAAAUCAAGGGCAGUCCGCAGAUCCGUUGCAAGCUCCAGGUUCGGCUGAGUAGUUCUAAUGGAACAUCUGCGGGUGGUUUCAACCCUACCGAGUGCAAGAGUGUUCCUGGAAACCAAAGAUACCGAAUCCGUGCUGGAUGA